UUUUACAAACCCCAAAACCUAAACCCUAACGCAAAUACUCUCCUCCCUCUCCUUCUCCUUCUCCACGCAUCAAUGGCGGACUUCAACGUCUCCCUCGAAAAGGCGAAAUUUUUCUUGCAGUCGCAGUAUCACGACGAGGAGAAGUGGGCUCUUAACAUGAAAUUGCUGCGUGCUGCAGGGCUGUUUGCAGGAUCGAUUCUUCUAAUGAGGAGUUAUGGUGAUCUGAUGGCUAUAUGAGCUCUUCCAAUGUGUCGGAGGUCAUCUUAUUGAGCAAAUUCUGCAAGGUUCCUUUUGUUCGUUAUGCGGAUUUAUUUAGCAUUCUGUUAAGUUACAGGGUUUUCCUGUUUACCUUGAUCAUGUUGAUGUUAGUAACAGAAAUGAGUUUCCAAAAUAGGAAUGUGGUUCUAUUGGAGAGUUUUCGAGAUGAAUGAAAUUGCUUAGCUUUCAUAUA